AUGUCUGUCAACAUCGAAAAGAUCCUAGCUGCCUCGCCCGCCACGCAGCGAGGCCAGCCAACACAGCUGUCGACCGACAAGAAGGGCGAGCGUAUCGCGUACGCGGCCGGCAAAUCCAUUUUCCUCAGAUCAAUCGACAACCCUUCCGUAAGCAAGCAAUACACCGGCCACACGGCCCAAACCAGCGUCGCUCGCUUCUCUCCAAGCGGCUUUUACGUGGCCAGUGGUGACGUGUCGGGUUCUGUACGAGUCUGGGACGCGGUCGAGGCCGAAAAUACAAAGGGCGAGUACCACAUCAUCUCGGGCCGCAUCAACGACAUCGGAUGGGAUGGCGACUCCCAGCGCAUCAUCGCAGUCGGAGACGGCAAAGAGCGAUUCGGACACUGCAUUACGGCAGACAGUGGCAACUCGGUGGGCGAAAUCAGCGGUCACUCAAAAGUUGUCAACUCCGUCGCCGUAAGGCAACAACGUCCGCUGCGCGCAGCAACCGUCUCGGACGACAGUUCCAUCUGCUUCUUGCACGGAGCCCCUUUCAAGUUCAACUCUAAGCACGCCUCUAUUCACCGUGGCUUCGUCUUCGGAACCGCCUUCUCUCCUGACGGCAGCCUACUUGUGACGGUCGGCGCAGACAAGCGUAUUCAGCUGUAUGAUGGCAAGACGGGCGAACCAACAAAGCAGAUCGGCGAGGGAGAGCACACUGGCAGCAUUUUUGCCGUCUCUUGGUCCGAGGACGGCACCAAGUUCGUCACUGCCAGCGCGGAUCAGACGGUCAGAGUUUGGGAUGUCGAGUCUGGCAAAGCGACGCAGACGUGGAAGUUCGGCGAUGGCGUUAGCAUUGGUGAUCAGCAAGUCGGUGUCGUAUGGCCACACGGACGAAGCGAUGGCUUGAUCAUCAGCUUGAACCUCGAUGGCGACCUGAUUUACCUUAACGAGGGAAGCGACAAGCCUAGCAGAAUCGUGCAGGGACACAACAAGAACAUCACAGCCCUUGGGACUUCAUCUGAUGGACAGGGCAAGACGCUGUGGACCGGAAGCUUCGACGGCCGUGUCUGUCAAUGGGAUGUUGAAUCCGGUGUUGGAAGUGUUGUUGACGGCCAGGCGCACUCGAACCAGGUCACUCAGUUUAGCGCUGAAGCUGGACAGACCUUCAGUGUUGGCUGGGAUGACACUCUCCGGACUGUCGAUGAGUCUGCCAACACCUUCGUUGGCGAUUCCGUCAAGCUCUCUGCGCAACCUAAGGGUGUUGUGGCUACAAAAGGAAAGUUGUACGUGGCGACUACCGAGGGAGUGGACGUCUACGAGAAGAACCAGCUGGUGGCGGAGAACCGUCUCGGAUAUGCUCCUCUCGCCGUUGGCGCAUAUGGCUCAACUGUAGCGGUUGGUUCCGGCAACUCGGUUAAGAUUUACACCGCGGACGGCUCUGGGAAGCUCUCCGAGGUCAAGUCGCUCGACAAGUCUACCUCUCAGAUCUCCUGUCUUUCCUUCUCCAAGGAUGGCCAAUAUCUUGCUGUCGGAAACCAGAUCGGCAAGAUUGUGGCGUAUAAGUUAGGUGACUGGGAGGUCGCCACUGACAGAUGGUCAGCGCAUACCGCGAGGGUCACUUGCAUCAGCUGGAAUGAUGCCGCAACCCACGCGGUAUCUGGAGCUUUGGACACGAACGUGUAUGUGUGGAGCUUGGCGAAGCCUGGUAGCCGUGUCAAGGCUCUUAACGCACACAAAGACGGCGUCAACGGCGUUGCCUGGGUUGGAGAUGGUUCCAAGGUGGCAAGUGUGGGAGUUGAUGCUGCGAUUAAGGUCUGGGCUGUGUCUGGACUUCAGUAA